AUGGUGCAACAGCAGAGCUGUGAUGUAGCUGCCAUCAUGGAAACAUGGUGGGAUGACUCACAUGGCUGGAGCACUGCACUCAAUGGCUACAAGAUCUUCAGAAGAGACAGGCAAGGAAGAAGAGGUGGAGGAGUUGCCCUUUAUAUUAAGCAGACUUUUGAUACUAGGGAGGCCAAAGCUCAGUUAGAACUUAGAAUGGCAACUUCUGUAAAGGAUAAUAAGAAAUGUUUUUACAAAUGUAUCAGUGCUAAAAGGAAGGGUAAGACCAACCUUUGUUCUUUACUGGACAAGCGAGGGAACUUAAUAUCUGCAGAUGAGGAGGAGGCUGAAGUGCUUAAUGACUACUUUGCCUUGGUUUUUAGUAAGGAGAUGACUUGCCUUCAAGACAACUGCCCUCCUGAGCUGGUAGAUGGUGUCAGGGAGCAGAAUGGUCCCCUCAUUAUUGAAGAGGUGGCAGUCAGAGAACUACUGAAAUGCCUGGAUAGCCAUAAAUCUAUGGGACCAGAUGGGAUCCAUCCCAGAGUGAUGAGGGAGCUGGCAGAUGAGCUUGCUAAGCCACUCUCCAUCAUCUACCAUCAGUCUUGGCUCACUGGUGAGGUUCUGGAUGACUGGAAGCUGGCCAAUGUGACAGCCAUUGACAAAAAGGGUGCAAAGGAGGAUCCCGGUAAUUAUAGACCAGUCAGUCUGACCUCAGUACCUGGCAAAAUAAUGGAACAGUUUAUAUUAAGUGCCAUCACACAGAACUUACAGGAUGGCCAGGGUAUCAGACCCAGCCAGCAUGGGUUUAGGAGGGGUAGGUCAUGUUUGACCAACCUGAUCACCUUUUAUGACCAGGUGACCCACCUGGUGGAUGCAGGGAAGGCUGUGGAUGUUGUCUGUUUGGACUUCAGCAAAGCCUUUGACACUGUCUCCCACAGCAUACUCUUAAAUAAGCUGGCAGCUCGUGGUUUGGACAGGAGCUCUCUGUGCUGGGUUAGGAACUGGCUGGAUGGCCGGGCCCAGAGAGUGGUGCUGAACGGUGCUGCAUCCAGCUGGCCAGGCACCAGUGGUGUCCCUCAGGGGUCUGUGCUGGGGCCAGCUCUGUUCAAUGUUUUUAUUGAUGACAUGGAUGGAUGAUGGCAUAGGAACACAAUAGGCAUGGAGUCUUUCAUUAGUAAAUUUGCAGAUGACACUAAGCUGGGAACGUGUGUCGACCUGUUGAAAGGACGAAGGGCUUUGCAGAAAGACCUGGAACGGCUGGACAGAUGGGCAGAGUCUAACAAGAUGAAGUUUAAUAAGUCCAAGUGCCGAGUCCUGCACUUUGGCCAUAAUAACCCCCUGCAGUGUUAUAGGCUGGGGACGGUGUGGCUGGACAGUGCCCAGGAGGAAAGGGACCUGGGGGUGCUGGUACAGCAGCUGAACAUGAGCCAGCAGUGUGCCCAGGUGGCCAGGAGGGCCAAUGGCAUCCUGGCCUGGAUCAGGAAUGGUGUGGCCAGCAGGAGCAGGGAGGUCAUUCUUCCCCUGUACUCUGCACUGGUGCCCCAAAACAGUGAGCAAGAAUAUUGGGAUUUGGUGUCAAAAGUAGAAAAGAAUCCCAACUGA